ACCUUGACUCAGGAGUGAUUGACAGCUCAAAGCCCAGCCAAUCAAAGCCCUUGUUAUUCAGAUGUUGUUUAGACUGAACCUUUGGGAUAAGCCUCUCAUAUUCCCAAGGGAUGUCUCCAUGUUUUUUUUCCCUUUCUCGCCAGUGUUUGUGUUUUUUUGGCAGUGGCCAUAAUGAUUAUCUGCUAUUUUUAGAAACACCCUCCGGUUUGGCCAAUGGGAAUUCAGGCAAGAGGGAAACCAUGAAGUCCGAGGGGACAAAAGAGUCUCGCAGUGAUCAAGAAGAGGAACGGAUUGAAGAUCACUCGAACGGGCAAGCUGACCCUCUCAGAGAGGCCACUGAGCUGAAUGGGACCUAUGAAAAUAUGGACACAAAGAGAACUGAACAGAACCUGUCUGCACAAGGGUCACCAGCCCGAUCCUCAACCAUGAAGAACGGAUUGUCAGAGACUGAGCUGCCCCAUGGCUCUACAGUGGGCAGUAAUGGAUAUAUUCUAAGCAAACAGCAGGAAAACACAGUGUCAGCCCCACACAGGACUAACUGGUCUCCCAUAGGGGGUUCCACAUUGGGGCAUGGGACUAAAAGCUUGCCAACUUCAGCUUCAACAUUGCGACCACCAGACCAGGGUUCUUCAAACAGUGCUGCAAGCCCAGGACCGAGCCCAACAGAAAGACGAGCGGAAACAGAGACUAAAAACGGCACAGUAUCAAAUACACCCCCACCAACAAUACAUCGCGCACGCAAAACUAUGUCAAGGCCGGCCUCAAACCAGACACUAAAGCUUUUGAAUAGGGAAAAUAAGGAGCCAGUCAUGGUGAAAGAUGACAGUCUAGGCAAACCAGAGACAGUGCAGCCUCAGCCAUCUCCAAUCCAGAAUCAGCUACCUCAAAGCCAAACUGACGCCACAUCUGUACUGAACACCACACCAGCCAAGCCACAAACAGUUGAACCCAGACCUGUCUCUCCCUCAGUAGCAGCCGUGUCAAGGAGGAAGAAAAGAAAGAUGGGAAUGUAUAGUCUUGUGCCCAAGAAGAAAAAUAAAGUUUUGAAACAACGCACAGUUCUGGAGAUGUUUCAGCGUAUGUCCCAGUCUCCACCCAACCCUCAGUCAAAGGAAGCCGUGCAUGUGAAUGGCGAGAGAAUAGAGAAUGAGUCUGAUGAAGAAGAGUCAGAGGACGGAGAAGACACAGAGGAGGAUGAGGAGCUGGUCAGAGAGGAUAGAGCCAAAGCCUCUCGGGAGGGACCCAAGAUAGAUUCAGUCUCUCAGCCUCUUGAAGAAGAACAGGAGUCUGAGGAGUCACCAGAAGGCGAAGGUGAAGAGGAAGGGGAUGAAUCAGACUUGAGUUCAGAGUCCAGUUUGAAAAAGAAAUGGAAAAAGAAAGUCAAGGGGGACCAUGCCUGGCUCCGACCAUCAAGGAAACGCAAGAGGAAAUUGAAAGCGAAAACAGAAGGACUAUCAGGAAUGGAGUCCCAGUCUCUAUCUGAGAGCCAGAGCUCCCCAUCAGCCCCUUCUGACAACAGGAAAGAGUAUAAAGAAGUCCCACUAGACUCCCUCGACCUAGCAGCACAGGAAGCUUUACUGACAUCUCCAAGUACAGCUGUUUCAGGGUCAGUGGAGAGCACAGACACCAACAUGGUGCAGGAACUGCCCCUUUGCAGCUGUCGAAUGGAGAUGCCCAAGAGCCGAGAGAUUCUCACGCUUGCGGACAGGAAGUGUAUGGCGACAGAGAGCAUUGAUGGCCAGCUGAGCCGUUGUCAGAGUGCAGUGCUGAAGCACGAGAUGAUGAGGCCUUCAAACUCUGUCCAACUGCUGGUUCUGUGUGAGGACCAUCGUACGGGCAUGGUCAAACAUCAGUGCUGCCCAGGCUGUGGCUUCUUUUGCAGAGCCGGCGUCUUCAUGGAGUGUCAGCCAGAGGUGAACAUCUCCCACCGGUUUCAUCGAGCCUGUUCCUCGGUGCUCAACGGUCAGAGCUUUUGUCCACACUGUGGAGAGGAGGUCAGCAAGGCGAAAGAGGUCACCAUUGCCAAGGCUGAUACGACGUCUACUGUGCCUCUCACCCACGGCUCCUGCGCGCCCACCACCUCAGAGGGCAAAGCAGACACCACCACUGGAGGGUCCACUCGGCUCUCUAUUCUUGGAGAGGGCAAAGCAGAUAGCACCUUACCCAAACCUCCACGGUCACAGGACACAUCUGUGUCACCGUUGGGCUCCAGAACCGGACCUGUAGGAGCUGGAUCCGGAACCGGACCUCCACCAGGAACCACUAAAGAAACUCUGGAAAGUGUCCUGCUGGCUCUAGAUGCAGAGAAACCCAAGAAGCUUCGGUUUCACCCAAAACAGCUGUACAUUUCUGCCAAACAAGGGGAGCUGCAGAAGGUGCUAUUGAUGUUGGUGGAUGGGAUAGAUCCUAACUUUAAAAUGGAGAGCCAAAACAAACGCACACCGCUCCAUGUAGCAGCUGAAGCAGGUCAUCAGGAAGUCUGCCAUAUGCUGGUGCAGGCUGGUGCAAACCUUGACAUGUGUGAUGAGGACCAGCGGACUCCCCUGAUGGAGGCCUGUGAGAACAAUCAUCUUGACACAGUACGCUAUCUUCUGAGGGCUGGAGCCAUCGUCUCUCACAAGGAUGUUGAAGGUUCAACAUGUCUCCAUCUUGCUGCUAAGACUGGACAUUUUGGCAUUGUACAACAUUUGCUGUCUACAGGCCUUGUAGAUAUUAACUGCCAGGAUGAUGGAGGAUGGACAGCCAUGAUUUGGGCCACGGAGUACAAACAUGCAGACCAAGUAAAACUCUUGCUCUCCAAAGGGGCUAACAUCAACAUCCGAGACAAGGAGGAAAAUAUCUGUCUGCACUGGGCGGCAUUCUCUGGCUGUGUGGAGAUAGCUGAGAUUCUGCUGGGUGCGAAGUGUGAUCUGAACACCGUCAACAUCCACGGAGACUCACCGAUGCACAUAGCGUCAAGGGAGAGCCGGCUCGACUGUGUGAACUUGUUUCUGUCACGAGGUGCUGGCAUAAGCCUUAAGAACAAAGAGGGAGAGACGCCAAUGGAGUGCUGCAGCCAGAACUCGAAAGUUUGGACCGCCCUUCAAGCCAGUAAAAAGCAGAGAGAAGCUAACAGCAACCAGACUGGCCCUGUAGAGAAGCUUCUCAACAGGGACAUCGCCAGAGGCUACGAGAAAGUCCCCAUCCCGUGUGUGAAUGCGGUGGAUAGCGAACCCUGUCCUGACAACUACAAAUAUGUCCCUGAAAGCUGUGUGACAUCCCCAAUGAACAUUGACAAAAAUAUCACCCACUUGCAGUACUGCGUCUGUAAAGACGAUUGCUCCUCAGCUAGCUGCAUGUGUGGCCAACUCAGCCUGCGCUGCUGGUAUGAUAAAGAGAGCCGUCUGCUGCCCGAGUUCAGCAAUGAGGAGCCACCCCUUAUAUUCGAGUGCAACCACGCCUGCUCCUGCUGGAGAACCUGCAAAAACCGUGUGGUACAGAACGGACUGAGGAUAAGACUGCAGUUGUUCAGGACGCAGAUGAUGGGAUGGGGUGUCAAGACGUUACAGGAUAUCCCGCAAGGAACGUUUGUUUGCGAAUACGUGGGUGAAAUCAUCUCUGACGCUGAAGCAGAUGUCAGAGAGAAUGACUCCUAUCUUUUCAGUCUGGACAGCAAGGUGGGUGAUAUGUACUGCGUUGAUGCACGUUUCUACGGCAACAUCAGCCGCUUCAUAAACCAUCACUGUGAGCCGAAUCUGUUCCCCUGUCGGGUGUUCACCUCUCACCAGGACCUCAGAUUUCCUCACAUCGCGUUCUUCGCCUGCAAGAACAUCAGUGCUGGAGAUGAACUUUGGUUUGAUUACGGUGAUCACUUCUGGGAUGUAAAAGGGAAGCUGUUCAGAUGCCAGUGUGGCUCAUCCAAAUGCAAGCACUCAGCCACUGCCAUCGCCCAGAGGCAGGCAGAUAGUACGCCGGGAGACCAGCAGCCCAGCGCCUUGCCCGAUACCAGCUCGUCCACCCCAUCCAGCCCCAGCUAAACCCUCUGACAACCAUCUUUCUAGCAUAAAACAUCCGGUUCUCCUACUUUUACGGUCGCUUCCCAUCACCAGCUGGUACCUCUGCUAUCUCUAAUAAGACCAACCCGGGCCACUUGAUGCCACACCCACAGUGCCACGUUUAGCUCUGCUGAUCUGAAAGCCUGAUUGGUUGAAACAGUGUAAGGGUUUAAAGUCUUGAAGGUGAGAGGUGCACAAUUGGACUGUUUUUUCAGGGUGUUCAGUACGCACAUUUUGUAUAGGUUUUUUAUUGUCACCCCGCCCCUUUGGACCACGAUACAUCUUGUUCGACAUCAUGAAAAGAGCUCAAAGUGGAUUUUUUUUUUUCUCUCUCUUGAGAAUGAACCUGUUUGAGCCAAUUUAUGGACUUUGCAGCAGGUUUCCGUUGAGUACUACCUUGACUCGAACUUCUGCGCCAUUCGCGUACACACUUCUUGUCAUCUUUUAUGAACUUUAUUCUUCACAGUUUCGAACAAUCAAUUCCCAAAUGAGUUUCAAAUAAUGUUUGCAUCAGUUUGUUUUACUUUUCUUCUGAUUUUAGUUUUUGUACAUUCACAGAAUAUGCAGAAAAUUAUGUAAAGGUAUUCAAAGACCAACCUUUUUUUCCCAGUAGCCUUUUCUGAGUCAUUCAGUGGGCUGCAUUAACUUGAGAUGAGCUAUUGGCUAGCAAUCAUUGGAAAUAAGCGCCCGUCGAGCGUGUCCUCUGAUUGGUUCACAGACGCAGGACGUCAUGUCAGUGCUACCAAAAUCAUGAAAAGGCCAUUUUUGGCCUAUUUCCUCCCAGUAAUAAGCCCAGUUCUUAAGUAUAAAUGCGUUUUAAUGGCGAAUUGCCACUGGAAGUGCAAAUUAAUUUGGGACAAGUUUAAAAACAAGCCCUAUGGGUUAUUUCCUGCAUGUUACUGGCCUGGAUAGACACGGCUGUUGUUAAAUGCAAACUGUAAAAUAUUUCUGUACGUACUUUCGGUCACAAUGAUGGAACCUAUUAGCAUGCUUUUGAGACAUGUGCUUUAGGAAUAGGACUGGAACGUUUCACUCUGGUGGAGUGAAAAGUGGUGGGGUGUAGGAAAACGCAAAUGGUGCUGAAAAAGGUUUUUGUUAUGUUAAUUUUUUAUUACUCACCAAGUGAAUACAAGUUGUAAAAUAUGGUGAAGAAGCAAGUGUUUCAUUUUUUUUUUCCUUUUCAUUUGUAUUUUUAAAUUGGCAUCUGUUUUUUCUAACUGUAGUUUGACAUAGUUAGCCUGCAUCGAUUUUGUUCCAUAAGUUCAUGUUGAUAGUGAAACUAUUACAGUCUUUUUAAAUGUUGAUAAGUGUAGUCAUGUCCUUUGUGCAAAUCCAGACAUAGAGAUUCAAAACACUGCAAAAUGAGGGGGAACAACGAAAACGGUAACACAUUUCUGGACAGUGAAACGUGAUGCACAAUCUUACUGGUUGUGUUUUUCUUUUUCAAUAAAUUUACUACU